GUCACUAUGCGCUGAUGCUCCGCCACACGCCCGCAUCACUGUUGGCAACACGAGCCUCGCAUCAGCACAGCAAACUCAAACCACAUCUGACCGGCACGAUGGAUGGGCAACAGAAAGACCGCAGACAGAGUCACUUGUGGAUAUUGACGUUACUGAUAUUGGUCUAACCUCCUGCACUUGGAUAACUCGGUCUGUUCCAACUUCUCCGUCUGGAUACGGAUUGCGGAGCCGGAUCUUGUCCCUUUACGGGCUCUGGAAGAAGGAUUAUAUUUAUUUUUUUGAUCACGUUUGUUUGCCACCACUCGCCGUCAGCACUUGGAUUAGGAGCGUGUUUUGGUUGUCGUUGGAACUGAUUUUUUACGGAUACGCACAUCAAACUCUAAAGGAUGGCCGUUUGGUUCACCUCUGCAAUAGUUAUGACAAUAUUCACUCAGGUUCUGGGAUCAGGUGUAUUCGAGAUAGAUCUCCAUCACUUUCAGAAUACUAAAGGUUUGCUGGCAAAUGGACUCAGCUGCGGCAUGACCGGCUGCAGGACUUAUUUCAGGGUUUGUCUGAAGAACUUCCAGACGGUGGUGUCUCCUGGAGGCUGUUUAUUCGGCAGAGUCGUCACACCUGUCCUGGGCACCGACUCGUUCAGCAUCCAGCAGCAGGACGCCAGGCUGCGUCUGCCGCUCAACUUCACCUGGCCGGGUGCUUUCUCACUAGUUAUCGAAGCCUGGCAUUCUCCUGCAGCGGACCUGCCUGGAGACACCACCAACCCUGAAUUCUUGAUUGGCUCUUUUGCCAUCCAUAAACAGUUGGGAACAGGACAUGAGUGGUCCCAGGGUGAGCCGGGCCGGGCGCAGACCGAGCUAAGGUACUCAUACCGGUUCAUCUGCAAAGACAAUUACUACGGGGAGACUUGUUCCAAAAUAUGCGCUCCGAGAGACGACCAUUUUGGCCACUACACCUGCAAGACGGACGGGCAAAUAGCCUGUCUGCCGGGAUGGAAGGGAGAAUACUGCCAAGAACCCAUCUGCCUUGAAGGGUGCAAUGAAAGGAAUGGAAACUGCACACUACCUGGAGAGUGCAAAUGCAGAGAGGGCUGGCAGGGGCUCUUUUGUGAUGUGUGUAAACUCCAUCCAUCCUGUAAACAUGGUACCUGCACAGAGCCGUGGCAGUGCACCUGCAAGGAAGGCUGGGGGGGCAUCUUUUGUGAUCAAGAUCUGAACUACUGCACCCACCACAAACCCUGCACCAACGGGGCCACGUGUAUGAAUACAGGCCAGGGCAGCUACACCUGCGCCUGCCUGCCGGGCUUCACCGGGGUCAACUGUGACAUGGAGGUCAGGGAGUGUGACAGCCAGCCCUGUCGCAACGGAGGCCACUGCCUGGACUCUGAGAACGGCUAUAGGUGUGUGUGCCCGCAGGGGUUUGAGGGGACACACUGUGAACACAGGAUGCUGACCUGUGCUGAUACACCCUGCUUUCAUGGUGGCAAGUGCAAAGAGAGGGACAAUGGGCAUACGUACGUAUGUGAGUGUCCGGCAGGCUACACUGGACUGAACUGUGAGAAGAAAGUGGAUAAAUGUACCUCACUGCAAUGCACCAAUGGUGGACAUUGUGUCACUAUCCAUGGCAACCUCCCAAUGUGCAGCUGUCGCUCAGGCUUCGCGGGUCUGCGCUGCGAGAUCAACGUCAACGAGUGUGCCAGGAACCCCUGUGCGAACGGCUCCACCUGCAUAGACCGCAUCAACGACUACACCUGCACCUGUCCUCCAGGGUACACAGGCCGCCACUGCGACAAGCCAACAGGCGGCUGUGCCUCUCAUCCCUGCCUGAACGGCGGAACCUGCACCAUUGGAGCAAAAGGCCAGCCCACCUGCACCUGCCCAGACCAUUACAGCGGCCCUCAGUGCCAGUCCAAAGAUGUGCCCUCAUACAGCACGCCCAGCCCCAGCGUAGACAAGCUGAGCUUGGCUGCCAUCAGCUUGGGAGUCGGCCUGGUGGCCGUUCUGGUGCUUUGCUGCAUGGUAGUGGUAGUAGUGCAUCAUGUCAGGAAGCAGAGGAACAAGGAGCAGGACACGGAGACCAUGAACAACCUCUCCAAGAGUGACUUUCAGAAGGAGAACCUUAUCUCCACCCUAGAACUCAAGAACAACAAUAGAAAGAUGGAUCUGGAGGUAGAAUGUCCAAGUGAAAAGUCUAAUCACAAACACAUCAACCACUACCACCUGGACUAUAAAACCUCCACGGGGUACAAGGAUGAACUGUCGCUUUUGGACAAAGAUGAAAACUGUGAAAAGACAAUAGAAGAAAAAAAGCAUUUGACGAGAAUGUACAGCGAAAGGCCCGACUGUAGGAUAUCAACAAUAUGUUCUCCCAGAGAUUCAAUGUACCAGUCUGUCUUUGUAAUAGCAGAGGAGAAAAAUGAAUGCAUCAUUGCAACUGAGGUAUAAUAAAUAGAAGAUAUUAUUCACUGUCAACGUUGGAUUUCUUGUGGACUGUUUACAAGCGUGGAGAGACUGGGAUUUAUUUAAAUGCAAGUUGCUGCUCUUGAAAACUUGAUAACUGGAUGGAGCCGGUGUGCUCUUCGAACUCAACAACAACUAAAGCUACUAAUUUUAGUGAGAAUGUAAAGACUGAAAAAAAAAAGACUGCGGGAAAUAAUGAGAGAACCCUGACUUGUUGACGCGCCUUCGAUGCUUUCGACUCGACAGAGUUCGUCCAAGGGCUUAGGGGGCCGAGACGUUUAUGCCUGCGUGUUGAUUAGAAGACGAGGACUAUCUCGAUGUACUCCUCUCCACCUUAUUGCAGUAAUCAGCAAUCAACAAAUCAACUUACUGCCAACAAGCCUGUGGAGGGAGCCAGCCUUUUUUUCUUUUUCUUUUUUUUUUUUUUUGGUUUUUUGUUGUUGUGGCCUGCAAUGCGCUAUGCAAACAAAAAUCAGCAUUGUGCUAAAUUAGAAGAGGGACAAAAACUACUGAAAACGGUUCAUUUUUGAAGGAUCUUUAAGGUCGUCAGUUUUGUAAAUCCUUUUUUUUUUAAAUAAAGAAUGUAUGCAGCCUCGAUCACAAAGCCUUAUAUAUGUGUUGAAGACAAACGUUGUGCCCCGCCUUAUCCUGAUGCCCAUGCACAAAAAAAAAAAAAAAAAAA